AUGGGAGAUCGACAUCACCACCAUAUUGGGGUUGGUAGGCCUGUCUACACCCUCCUACUCAGUAUAGCUCUGGCCUGGCUGGCCCUGUUGUCUGAGGUCCAGGGCCGUAUGGAUAGAGCCAGGACAGAGGAGGAGAGUGGAGCAGGGCUGCUGAUGAGGGUGAAGAGAGGCUGGGUAUGGAACCAGUUCUUUGUGCUGGAGGAGUACACUGGACUGGAGCCGCUGUACAUAGGAAAGGCGAGUCCACACACAAGCACGCACACACACACACAAAGAGAACACGUGUGAACUGCAUGUCAUUUUCGAUUAAAGCAUCUGCUAAAUGCCCACCAUCAUUACUAUUGAACUGCUCGUUGACAGCUCUCAACUUUUCAAUAAAUAUCGUCGUGGUUGGCUGAACGCUACCUCUGACGACCACAGGGUCUAUUAUCAUUGAUCAAAUGUUCAAGCCACUUUAACACCUGAGUGGUGUGCAUGCUGAGCUGUGUAUGUGUCUGUGUCUGUGUAUGUACAGAAUGGGAAGUGAUUGCACCAAGCGUCAAUAGGCUCAACAGGCUGCUAUUUGCACUAACAUACCCACAAUGGUCUUCUGAUUACACAGUCUGCAUAAUGGCAACCUAUUCCCUAUGUAGUGCACUACUUUUGACCAAAGCCCUAUGGGUGCUGGUCAAACGUAGUGCAUUAUAUUGAGAAUAGGGUGCCAUUUGGGAUGUGUCUAUAGCUCCCAUAAGAACCACUAGCACCACUGAUCAGGACAACUGGACAUGAUUACUGUUCUUCUUCUGAUGACCAACCAACCGUGAUUAAAGCUGCACCUAAUAAUAUUGUUCUAUCUCAGAUGGCACCAUAUUCCCUAUAUAGUGCACUACUUUUGAACAGGGCCCAUAGGCACCCUAUGCAUUUCAAAUCAUAUCAAAUGUUAUUUGCCACAUGCGCAGAAUACAACAGGUGUAGACCUUACAGUGAAAUGCUUACUUACAAGCCCUUAACUAACAAUGCAGUUUUAAGAGAAAAAGUGUGCAAAUUGUCCAGGUAGCCAUGAUUAGCUGUCAGGAGUCUUAUGGCUUGGGGGUAGAAGCUGUUAAGAAGCAUUUUGGACCUAGACUUGGCGCUCCGGUACCGCUUGCCAUGCGGUAGCAGAGAGAACAGUCUAUGACCACGGUGACUGGAGUCUUUGACAAUUUUUAGGGCCUCCUCUGACACCGCCUGGUAUAGAGGUCCUGGAUGGCAGGAAGCUUGGCCCCAGUGAUGUACUGGGCUGUACGCACUACCCUCUGUAGGACCCAUGCCAAAUCUUUUCAGUCUCCUGAGGGGGAAUAGGCUUUAUCGUGCCCUCUUCACAAAUGUCUUGGUGUGUUUGGACCAUGAUAGUUUGUUGGUGAUGUGGACACCAAGGAACUUGAAGCUCUCAACCAGUUCCACUACAGCCCCGUUGAUGACAAUGGGGGCGUGCUCAGUCCUCUUUUUAUUCCUCCAGUCCACAAUCAUCUCCUUGUCUUGAUCACAUUGAGGGAGAGGUUGUUAUCCUGCCACCACAUGGCCAGGUCUCUGACCUCCUCCCUAUAGGCUGUCUCUUCAUUGUCAGUGAUCAGGCCUACCACUGUUGUGUCGUCGGCAAACUUAAUGAUGGUGUUGGAGUCGUGCCUGGCCAUGCAGUCAUGGGUGAACAGGGAGUACAGGAGGGGACUGAGCACGCACCCCUGAGGGGCCCCCGUGUUGAGGAUCAGUGUGGCAGAUGUGUUGUUACCUACCCUUACCAUAUGGGGGCGGCCCGUCAGGAAGUCCAGGAUCCAGUUGCAGUGGGAGGUGUUUAGUCCCAGGGUCCUUAGCUUUGUGAUGAGCUUUGAGGGCGUUAUGGUGUUGAACGCUGAGCUGUAGUCAAUGAAUAGCAUUCUCACAUAGGUGUUCCUCUUGUCCAGGUGGGAAUUGGCAGUGUGGAGUGCAAUAGAGAUUGUAUCAUCUGUGGAUCUGUUGGGGCGGUAUGCAUAUUGGAGUGGGUCUAGGGUUUCUGGGAUAAUGGUGUUGAUGUGAGCCAUGACCAGCCUUUCAAAGGACUUCAUGGCUACAGACUUGAGUGCGACGGGUCAGUAGUCAUUUAGGCAGGUUAUCUUAGUGUUCUUGGGCACAGGGACUAUGGUGGUCUGCUUGAAACAUGUUGCUAUUACAGACUCAGUCAGGGACAUGUUGAAAAUAUCAGUGAAGAUACUUGCUGGAGCCGGUGUAGUACGAUUCAAUCUUAGUCCUGUUUUGACUCUUUGCCUGUUUGAUGGUUCGUCGGAGGGCAUAGCGGGAUUUCUUUUAGCGUCCGGGUUAGAAUCCCGCUCCUUGAAAGCGGCAGCUCUACCCUUUAGCUCAGUGUGGAUGUUGCCUGUAUUCCAUGGCUUCUGGUUGGGGUAUGUACGUACGGUCACUGUGGGGACGAGGUCAUCGAUGCACUUAUUGAUGAAGCCAGUGACUGAUGUGGUGUACUCCUGAAUGCCAUCGGAAGAAUCCCGGAACAUAUUCCAGACUGUGCUAGCAAACAGUCCUGUAGCUUAGCAUCUGCGUCAUCUGACCACUUCCUUAUUAACCGAGUCACUGGUGCUUCCUCCUUUAGUUUUUGCUUAUAAGCAGGAAUCAGGAGGAUAUAAUUAUGGUCAGAUUUGCCAAAUGGAGGGUGAGGGAGAGCUUUGUACGCUUCUCUGUGUGUGGAGUAAAGGUGUUCUAGAGUUUUUUUUUCCUCUGGUUGCACAUUUGACAUUUGGAACGCAGUCUGUGUAAUCAGAAGACUAUUGUGUGUCAAAUAGCAGCCUGGUGAGCCUGUUGAUGCUUGGUGCAUUUGGGACGUACACUAUACCAUCAGUCUCAUGAGGGAGCCCAGACAAACAGCAUUAUCUUGACCAUGUAUACACUGGUCCUUGACCUCUAAUGGUCGAAUAUAGUAUCUGAAAUACUUUCAAGUACUGUAUUUGAGGUGUGCUUGGUGUAGUUUGCCUGUUACUAUAACGCCACCAAACAAAUAGUCCCAAGAAAUGUAAACACCAUGCUAAAUCAAGCCCAAACACCUAAAUUACUUUAAGGUAUGGUCUAACAUAGAAUUACAUAUAGAACAUUUGGUAGAGCAUGGUGCUUUCAAUGCCAGAAUUGUGGGUUUGAUUCCUGGGCCAACCAUAUGUAAAAUGAAUGCACACAUGACUGUAAGUCGCUUUGGAUAAAAGCAUCUGCUUAAUGGCAUAUACAGUAUUACUAUAUUAUUAUUAUUAUUAUUAUUAUUAUUAUUAUUAUUAUUAUUAUUAUUAUUAUUAUUAUUAUUAUAGGAUCUCUGGCCCCUAAGCUCUCUUGACUCCUAACCUCUGACCUGUGACCCCGACAGCUCCACUCAGACAUGGACCUAGCAGACGGCUCCAUCAAAUACAUCCUGUCAGGCGACGGUGCGGGCACCACCUUCACCAUCGACGACAGUACAGGCGACAUCCAUGCUAUCAAGAGGCUGGACCGCGAGGUCAAGGCCCAGUACCUGCUGCGAGCCCAGGCCUGGAACCGACAGACAGACCGACCGCUGGAGCCUGAGUCUGAGUUUAUCGUCAAAAUCCAGGACAUCAAUGAUAACGAACCUAAGUUCCUGGAUGGGCCCUACCAGGCCACCAUACCUGAGAUGUCAACCAUUGGUGAGUCAAGGGAGAUUGUGGUGGUCAGAGACAAAGUCCCGAUUCCCCUCUCUUCUCGCAUGGAUUUUAAGAUAGUAGAAAACUCCCUCAAGCCAAUGAUUACACCCAUUUAUUUUAAACCCGUUACAGGAACUGUGCAAGUGCACACAGAACUGGGACGUGCGUCCAAAAUGGCACCCAAUUCUCUAUAUAGUGCACAACUUUUGACCAGGGCCAUUUCAGACACAGCUAGAGAGUGUGUAGUGUAGCUGGACAUUGUGCUGCUGCUUCUGAACAUUCCAUUCAUCAAUUCAUGAAGAGUACUUGUAUUCUUAGUUUUAAUUAUAGUAGUUCAGUUAGCAAACAGUGUAUUUAUGUAGUGUACGAUGGUAAGGAGAUGAGGAUGUUUCAGUCUGUGAACACAAUAGGCAAGGUAUUGAUGGCUCUGCAAUUUCGUCAUUAUGUCAAAAUGAUGUCUCUGCUUACACACUGCACCAGUGGGAUACAAUAUUUAUAAAUCCACCAGUGAGCGCAGGUACAGACACAGUUGCCUUUAUACCCUAUACCAUUCGUCAACAUUUAAGCAGUUUUAUGCAGAUGGACAGGCCAUUUUGUAAACAGGCCAAAAAUAACCAUACAAAUAGAAUGAGUCAUUCCAAUUGUAUGGAAAUAACAUUGCUCACCAUGUCACUCUCUUCUUCUCCUCCCUCCCUCCUUCCUUCCCCAGGCACAGAGGUGAUUCGGAUGACAGCCACAGAUGCAGAUGACCCUACGUAUGGUAACAGUGCCAGGGUGGUCUACAGCAUCCUACAAGGACAGCCAUACUUCUCUGUAGAGCCCAAGACUGGUAUGUGAGCACAGGAGAAAUAAUGUAAAAAAAUCAUCGGACCUGCAUUAACGAUAGCAAUUACAAAAUGUGUGUCUUAGUUAUGUUAGUAGAUUGCCAUGUUUUGGCACAGAGAUGAGGCACUCACGUUUGCUCCUCCCAGAAGCAUACACAUACAAACAAACAUACAGGCUGAGUGUAAAACAACAGAUUUUAAAUGUAUCAACUUGGUUAAGAAUGCCCUCUUCUGGCUGCCAAAGGUAAGAACUGGCAAAUCAGUAUGCGAAGACAUUAGUCAUAAAAAGAAGACACUGUGCAUCCCAAAUGGCACCCUAUUUCCUCCAUAGUGCACUUUAGGGCUCUGGUCCAAAAAAGUGUGUCGGUAAUAGGGUGCCAUUUGGGACGCAAUCUAAGACACAUCCCUAAUCUGCCUGACGACCGCACUGCUGACCCUCCCAAUCACCCUGUUUUUAAUUGUGACCUCUCUCUCUCUCUCUCUCUCUCUCUCUCUCUCUCCCACGUUUCUCCCCUGUCCCCCAGGCGUGGUGCGUGUGUCUCUGGCAGGCAUGGACCGCGAGGUCAGGGAGAACUACUCCGUCAUCAUCCAGGCCAAGGACAUGGGUGGCCAGCUAGGGGGUCUGACCGGAACCACAGCGGUCAACAUCACCCUCAGUGACGUCAACGAUAACCCACCCAUGUUUGAUCAGAGUAAGAACCAGAGACUCCUCUCCUCAUUGUUUAUUUUGAUUCCCUUCUUCAAUUUCACUGUUGACCUCCUUGUCUUCAUUCUUGUUAACCCUCUCCUUCCCCUCUCACGUUUGACAUUUUAGUCAUUUAGCAAGACACUCUUAUCCAGAGCGACUUACCACCCACCCCCUCCCUCUCUCCUUCUCCCCCUCCUCUCCUCGGCCACCAGCCGCCUUAUGCCCCUCUCUCUCUUUCUAUCCCCCCCCCCCCCCUCUCCUUACCCGGCAACCAGUCCCAAUCCGGACCCAUGCUGUCUCUUUGAUUGGCCCCAUUCCUGCUCUCCUCAUUAACAACCUCAGCAGGUCAUCUGUCUAUCUGUCUAUCCCCCUCUCAAUAUCUCUCUCUCUUAUCUGGCUAUCCUCGGCCACAAGCCGUCCCCUAGCUGUCUGCCUGACUGGUGGUCUCGUCUCCUCCUCGGAACCCCACCCCCACCCCUUACUUCUCUCUCUCUUCCCUCUCGUCCCCCUUCCCCCUCUUCUCUCCAAUUAGUGCCAUCACUUGAGUGAGACUUUAAUACAUUGUGAGAAGCUAUGGGGGCACUUGUCUGACAACCAUAACGUGUGACCGCUUCAGUUCGGACAGUAGGAGCACCUCAAAUUGGGAACCGCUGUCACCCCUGUUUUUGAAAAGAGGUUAAAUUGUUUAAAUUAAAUUCUCGUUGACCCAUAAGACAAUACAUCCCAAUUUACGAACCGGCUCUCAGUCUGAACCAAUUUGUGCUCAACAGUCUGUACUCUGGGUUUAUAGGUUUGUCCUUUUAAUGUCUUGGUGUAAUUAAAGAGAUUUGGUGCCCUCUAGAGGAAGAAUGGGAAAACAUGUUCUAACUGCUUUAUGAACUGAAACUUGAUUUCUCUCUGUCUACCUUUAUUUAUUUAUCUAUUUUGCUGACAUAGUACCCAACCUGACACACAACAAUAGAUAUUCACCAAAAAAAAUUGACUCAAACACACAGUUGUUAUGGAUAUUCACCCAGGGCUCAUGGCUAAAAACAUUAGAACAUCACCCAGCAAACAUCAUCCCGAGUAUAAAGGAAACAACCCAUGUUUUGUUAUGGAAAUUUAAGGCCACACAGCUCUGCGGUUGCAUUGGACACCACUCAACUGUUUUUCUAAUUACUACAUUUAUUUGGGAUGUGAAUAUGUUUCUAAAUAUGGGGAGGAUACAAGACAUAAGAGCUGACCAAAUAUCUGUUGAACUGGUUUGAACCUGGAUUAACAUGUCUCUCUCUCUCUCUCUCUCUCUCUCUCUCUCUCUCUCUCUUUCUCUCACUCACCCUUCCUCCCUUUUUCACCAUCUCAGAGCUGUACCAGAUGAGUGUUCCAGAGUCGGCUCUGGUGGGGUCUGUUGUGGGUCGAAUCCGGGCGAAGGACCGUGACAUUGGCAUCAAUGCAGAGAUGAGGUACAGCAUAAUCGACGGAGACGGGAGGGACACCUUCGACAUCAACACAGACCCCACCAACCUGUUUGGCAUCAUCACCAUCAAAAAGGUACAGAGGGUAGACAAACCUGAAAGGUAACAUCAAUGAAAGCACGCACACACAAACACACACAGGGUAGACAUCAAUGACAUGCUUUCAUGCUUUCAGGGCCACUGACAGAGGAGUCGACACAGCAGAUAUGAGUCACAUUGACCUCAAUUUAGUCCAGAGAACAAGUUUAGAAUCAUUUUUUGAUUGAUAAACAGCUGAUUCUCUCUUAAUGGAUUCUUUCUCAACAUACCUGUAAACCUCUGCUUGUUUAGUGAAGGUGUCUUGGGGCCUGAUUCAGACUUGAGAUAGACUUAAGUCUAUAUCUUAAACCUACAUCUUUCCUUGAGUAUUUAUAUGAAUGAUACCUACCUAUGAUACACCAUACCUACUAACGCUGUCAGCAUGUCUCUCUCUCUCCUCUAGCCUCUGAACUUUGAGAGCAAGGCAAGCUACACUCUGAAGAUAGAAGGAGCCAACAUACACCUUGACCACCGUUUCCUGGAUAAGGGCCCAUUCAGCCAUGUCACCAUCGUUCACGUCAGCGUAGAGGAUGUGGACGAACCCCCAGAGUUUGGCUCGGCUGCCUACUACAUAGAGGUCCCUGAGGACGCAGAGAUCAGCAAAGUGUUUAUGACGGUCUCCGCUAGAGACCCCGAUGCUGCCAACACCUCCAUCAGGUGAGGAUGGGGUUAAAACAACAACAAAAUAACACCAGCACUGUCCAUGUAAUGCAAUCAAAUGGCCAAAAGGUGGCAGUAUGAUACCAGAUGGGGGCGGUAUGAUAUUGGAGUCUACAAGGCUAUAUUCAAAAGCCAUUGAGCUGAUGUGACAACUCUGAGUGAUGGAGACAGUAGGCUAUGUGAUUUUUGUUAAUUGGAUGAGUAUGGUGGUAAUGAUGAUGACCUGGCGAGGACCCUAAUCAGUCAAAGCUUUCUGCCAUUGUGUGGUAUUAGGGGACUUUCCCAUUGUUUUCAAUUAUGCAGAGUCAGUGUGUUUACCUCACUCUCAGAGCAGAUGUCGGGUUGGAGGGGAGCUGUGCACCCCAAAUGGCACCCUAUUCCUUAUAUAGUGCAUUACAUUUGAGACGCAGCAGCCUCACUCUCCAGACCGCACCUCUAAUUAAUCAAACGUUCAGCGUGCUGCACAGACCCUAUGGACGCUCUACUCUAGAGCAUCUGGUUAAAUUGUGUUUAGGAGCAUUAUUUUGAAUCUCUAAAUGGUUAAAUAUAUGUGAUUAUUGAAACAAUCUGUGUUUGCUUCAUUUACUAUCAUCCUAAAUUAAGAUAUUGAAUUAUUUUGCCAUAUCUAAUGAAUGUAUAUUACACUACUUUCCAUGAUGUGGACAGUAUAGAAUGUGUUACAACAUUACCCAAGCUGAUGUUUUGAUCCCAUCGAAAUGGAGGGAAUUACACAUCCUUUUUAUUUCACACUGGUGAUGUUAGUACUCCUGAGUGGUGCAGUGGUCUAAGGCACUGCAUCACAGUGCUAACUGUGCCACUAGAGAUCCUGGUUCGAAUCCAGGCUCUGUCGCAGCUGGCUGCGACCGGGAGACUCAUGGGCGGCGCACAAUUGGUCCAGGGUAGGGGAUGGAAUGGCCGACAGGGAUGUAGCUCAGUUGAUAGAGCAACGUUUGCAAUGCCAGGGUUGUGGGUUUGAUUCCCACGGGGGGCCAGUAUAAAAAAAUUAAUACAAAUGUAUUCACUAACUGUAAGUUGCUCUGGAUAAGAGCGUCUGCAAAAUGACUAAAAUGUUAGCGUAAAAGUUCAUAGUCAACACAUUGACACAAGAACAAUUGCUUAAAAUAUAUCAACAUCUUUGGUUUUGUACCGUGGAUUUUGUCAUACAUGACUUAGAACGCAGCUAUCAUUUUCUUUCUCAAAUGGAACAGAUCAUUCUGAGCGGUCUGUCUAUAAAAGUCACUGGCCACACACCAAUACAUGGAUUUGAAAGUCAAACUAUUACUUCAAAGUACUUUUUCCUCUCAUGGCUAACUACCAGGAAGUUUGAAAAGACAGGCUGAAUGGGCGGGGAGCUUAUAUUCAAGAGCUCGCCUUGACUGACAGCUCUAUGAAACACUUUUGUCAAGAAAGUUGGAGGCAGUGAGCAGUAUUGCAGUAAAAUCAACAGUGUAUUAGUGUUGAUUCAGGUGAUAAAUUAACUAUGUGAGUGUUAAAUUAACACUCAUUGGUAUAAAAUAACCAGUAUAACCAGUAAACCAAAACGACACCCAUCAUUAUCAUAUUUCCUAGCAUAAUCUAUUGCAGUUUGAUUUUCAGAAUUGUUUGUUUCAAUAUCUAUGUUUUUGCAUGUUGAUUGAUUAAUUAAUCUUAUACAUAUGUAAAUAACAUACAUUUUUCUAAGCUAAUUCAAUCUGUUGUUUAGACUUAUUGCAUCCCUUACUGAAAUUGUUGUUCCAGUUUAUAAGCUAAAGGUAGUCUCAUACCUUAGUCUUCCCAACCUGGCAGUCAUUUUGAAUGCAAAUGUUGGAUAGCCCCACUCUGGCAGGAUUCCAAUAGGAAUUACACAUCACGUUGUGACUUGCUGUCUUCAUUUUGCCUGUAAACCAUGAGUGUCAGGCCAAUGUAUUAGGGUGAAACUAGGCCCUCAAAAUAAGGCCUUAUAAAUGAUGUGUUGUGUUGUUAAAUAAUUACAUUUUAAUGAUAACAUAUUCACUUAGGAUCUCACUUGGUGAAGUGCAUAGUACUGAAAAUGGAUGAAUGCAACAACCAUGUCUUUGUCACUAACAAAUACAGUCAUGGGUGGUAACUCUACAAUUCACUUGAAAAGCAAGGCCCUCUAGGAAAUAUGCAAAUAAGGAUUUACACUAAGCAGUGUGCUAAUUUAACACUGAAAAGGGUGGACCCAUACAGAAACUGGACCCUUUUUAAAUGUAACACUCUCAGUGUUGAUUUAACACUGGAUAAUUUGCUGUGAAGGUAUUAGUGAAUGCCAUAACAUUGUACAUUUGACACUGAGGUAGUGUAACAUUUUAAUGCCACUGGUGUUGGAAACGAUCGGUGUCAAUAGGGCAACACUUUGAAAAGUGUAAAUUCAACACUUUCUGGUGAUCCUCAUAAACACUUCAAAAGUGUGUAAUUGAACACCCACAGUGUUCAAUUUACAGAUCGAAUUUUGCUGUGCUUCUACAAAUUCUCAUCUGUACAGGUUAUUCCAAGUUUCCGUGUGGCCUUUGUAAAGUGUUAGUUUAAACAGCGCCCCCUUUUCCAUUGAUUCCAGCAUAUUAUCGAUGGAAGUGAUUAACAAAAAAAUUGUUGUGUUACACUUACCACAUUGCGACCCACUUGAAUCAAACUGCUAAACUUUAAAAUGUAGCUAGCUGUCUUCUACAAAUUGUCCUCUAACCAGUGAUGUUCACAUUAUUCCCAGAUUCUGUGUGUUUUUUGAGCUGUGUUAGUUUUAACAGGACUUGUAACCUAAUCCCCCCCCUCUUGUGCAAUUGAUUUUAACAUGAUAAUCGAUAUAAGUGAUUGACAAAACAGUGCUGCGUUUCUCUUUCUGUUUUGUUGACCCCCGUAUCAAAAUGCAACAUUCCAAAAUGUAGCUGACUGUGUUCUGCAGGUUGUCUUCUAACCAGUGAUGUAAAGUAAUAUCCUGUUUCCAUGUGGUUUUUGAUAAGGUGCUCGUUUAAAAAAACACUAAUAUGAUUACUAUUGUUGUACAUGAAUGUGUAGAUAGUACAUUUAUGUUUAUGUUUUCAAUAUAUCACAAACUUUUUCUGCAUAUUGGUUAAUGAUUUGGACCCUUUUAAAACUGUGUUUUGUCAUUGGGCAAAUAUCAAUAUGUCUUGUCAACAGGAAGCAGCCACAGCAUUAUUUUCAACUUAAGUUUUAGGAAUAUAAAUUGAACUUUCAACAAUAAUUUCCAAUGGUAUUGUACUUAAUCAGGUAAAAUGAAACUGCUGAAUUACUUCAAAAACGUGCUGUAAUUUUGUUAUUUUGAUGAUAUACCAGAAACCACCAAAACAGGUUUAACCUGCCUACUCUAAUAAUCUCGUCUGAAACUGCUACCUCUCAACAUUUACGCAACAACUUGAGGCUAAAGGUUUUUGGAAAGGUGACAAACUAAUUAUUGAAAAAGUUGGGAUAAAAGAUUUGUUAUGAUGACAAGGAAUAUCUUUGAAAAUGCUAAUUUUAAACUGGAGACACAUACUACUAAAUUAUUUCUGGUUCCAUUAAAAUUAGCAUCCUUUCAGAUGCUGGUAUUUCCAAUGUUAUUCCUCUUUGUAAAGCUAGGUUAGUAUUGUCUCUUAGAUAAUGUGGCUGUAGUCAAUGCUUUACAACUCCUCAGUCCCAGGUUACGUCCUAAAUGGCACGUUAUUCCCUAUAUAGUGCACUGGGGAAUAGGGCGAUGAGAGAGAGAGGUAAAAAGGGAGAGAAAAAGAUAAGCUUUUCUCUCUCUCUCAUCACAAAUGUUUUCUCUCUCUCUCUCUCUCUCUCUCUGAUCAAACCCUACAGACACACACACACCAGGAGAUGUGGAACAGCAAGCAGUGCUCCCUCCUUUACUGAUUUGACUGUGUGUGUGUGUGUGUGUGUUGGAAACCAUUAUGCCAAGGGAAUGAACCCAGCCAUGACUGGCACAGCCAUUGCAGGGGAAGAUCCCCCUAAAGAAUAACUAUUAAUAUCACUCUAUGAUGUGUGUGUGUUUGACUGUGUCUGCCAGUCAUGUUGUCGUUGGAGGAAAGAUGGAAAUGAGGAGGGAAGGAGAUCGUAGGAGAGGGGAGAUGGAGAGGGAGAGUGUGUGAGAGACAGCAUUGAGAUAUAGCAUGAUAUAGACUGAGAGGGAGACAGAUAGAGAGAGAGAGAGAGAGAGAGAGAGAGAGAGAGAGAGAGAGAGAGAGAGAGAGAGAGAAUAUAGAGGGGUCUCUAUGCACAGAACAUAUGUGUGGUCUUUAAGGUCUUUCCCAGUAGGAAACCUGGAUAGACUUUAGACCCAUAAAGUGUCUCAGACAGAGGUGGCUGGUAGGAGGAGCUAUAGGAGGACAGAAACAUUUGAAUGUCUGUAAUGGAAUUAAUGGAACGGCAUGCCAACAAUUACAGUGAGCCCGUCAUCCUAUAGCUCCUUUCACCAGCCUCCUCUGGUCUCAGAGUAGGAUCAGACCCCCGUCCCCGUCCCUGUAAUAUUAUUCAUUUUGAUCUAAAAGACCAAACUGAUCCUAGAUCAGCACUCCUUCUUUGAGACACUAUGAGUAUGAGCUUAAACUGUCCUGAAGCAGUGUUCCCCUCUCUAUUCAUCUGGCUUCUUCUCUGAGUUUCUGUCUGUCUACUCAUUGUUGCGUGGAGUUCUCUGAGGAGCGUUUUGGAAAGAGGUGCCGUGGCAGGAGAUGUGUCAGGCUGUGCACACACCCACCCCAGCUUUGUGCUGCAGGUCUGUGUGUCCUCAGCUCAGUUUGGCAAAGGGCAGAGAUAUCUCUGAUUAGACCUUAUCAAAACUGGGACGGUUUGAGGCAGUUUGUCAUUUCUCCAACCUAAAUCACAACACCUUAUCACACUAACACACACGUGUAUUAAUCUGCACUCAUGUGUGCUCACGCACUCUCUCACACUUACACACACACAAACACACAUGUGCACACACUAAGCUCAGCAAUAGAUAAAUAUAAGUAUGUAUAUAUCAGAUGAGUGUUACUCAACAUUGUUUAACCUUCUUUCCCUCUGUCACCAGGUAUUCCAUAGAGAGGACCACUGACCUGGGGAAAUACUUCUACAUUGACAUCACUUCCGGGGCGUUGAUGACAGUGCUUCCUUUGGACAGAGAGGAGAUCUCCUGGCAUAACAUCACCGUCCUGGCCAUGGAGAUGAGUAAGUCACAUACAGUACACCACAGCACAGCACACACUGGGCAGACUGAUGCUGUUAUAGACGCACAUUAUAAUCUGAGUCCCUAUUGUCUACAAAAAAGUGCACUACAUAAUGAACAUGGUGCCAUUUGGGAUGACGCCACAUACACAUACAGUAUACUGGACAUACACACACAUCUGGUUUGUUUUGAGUGAAAUUACCAUAUUACAUUGUGUGAUAAUAUAAAUCAGACCUGUACACUGCUGGUAUUCAGGACCCAGGAGAGUCACCUUCAGUCCUCUUGUUUUGUUUGUGUUUGUUUGGAAUGCACACUAACGAGGGGAGCUACUUUUAAUUAAUGACUUAAUUGAAUAAACGGUACCUUAGUUGGGUCAAAUUGGCAAAUAUGACUCAUUUGGUCAUCAGAAUGGGAGGGAGGGAAAUGGAGAGGGAGAGAGCGAGCAAGCGAGAGAGAGAGAGAGAGAGAGAGAGAGAGAGAGAGAGAGAGAGAGAGAGAGAGAGAGAGAGAGAGAGAGACCAUAGAGAUGUAUAGAGAUCGCAAUGUUGUAUCUGUCCAAUUAUGUCAUCUGUGAGUACACGGGCAGCACCAUUGAGGACAUCUCCAUUUUGAAGUAGUCAAUUUUCUUCUUCUACUACUUCUAUGAGUUGGUAAACUAACUGAAGGUGUGCAUGCUGCCACCUGGAGUGUGUUAUCUGAACAGGUAUAAAGCCAAGGUUGGCCAUUUAUGGAAUGAUUGCUCACAAGGAUAAUUCAUUGUCUGAUCCCUCCUCAUGACCUGGAUGGAAUUAUGUGAUCCUUCCUUAACCCAUAGGAAGUCCCACCCAGUUGACUACUUAAAAAUUGUGAAAGUCCACACUGGCGCUGCCCAUGCUAAAACUGGCUUUUGGGCACUAGAGUUCUCUAUACAUUGCUAUGAUAGAGACAGUGAGAGAACAAUGGGUGAGGGAGAAAGAAAAUGAGUGAGUGGAGACAAAAUUAGAGAGAAGAGGAAUGGGAACGAGUGCCUUCAGAGUCUACAGCAAGCGUGCUGGGAGGGCUGUGUUGUAACUAGUAAGGCCCCAGGGUGAGAUGGAGAGAUCGUUUUUACUGGGAGUCUACACUCACACAAACACACUGAGAGGCAGCACAGAGAGCCAUUUACCCUCAGCCAGGCAGAGCCAAAGUCAAGCUAUUGAUUGAUUGAUCGUUUGAUGAAACCUGAGAAAGUAGUUACUGCCUGCUAAUUGCAUUUCCAUUGCCAAUUACAAAGUUGAUUAAGGCAUGCAAAUGGCCAUUGGUAUAAUGGAGAAUAACUGAAUUGUAAUCUUAUUCUGUGCGACCUAAUGCACACUAGGCCCAGUGUACUGUGAGUGGAGGCAUGAUAAAGAAAGAGGAAAGUAGGCAGAGUCGACUGCUCAGCAGUGUUCAUUUUGGCACUCUUUUUUAAAAUGUAGUCUAGUCUUAGCCAUUUUGACAAAAAUAUCAUGAAGUCACAUUUCUGUCAUUUGAAUAAUGUUUUAGUCUAUUUAUUGUCAAAAUGAAGAAAAAAACGUGUGCCAUUUUAGUCAACUUAAUGCCCUUUCAUUUCAGUCACCUUUUAGUCAAUUGACAUUUGUAUUGACUCAUUAACCUAUAGUAAACAUAAAUCACUGCCAUGUGCACUAACAUAUAAAGACUUGUCCUACCAACAUAUAUCAUAACAUCCUAUUCUCUUCCCAAUAGCAGAAAUAUGAGAAACAUAUAAAAGAAUACACUAUAUAUAAAAAAGUAUGUGGACACCCAUUCAAUUUCGUGGACACCCAUUCAAUUUCGAGCACACAGCCAUGCAAUUUCCAUAGACAAAAAUUGGCAGUAGAAUGACCUUACUGAAGAGCUCAGUGACUUUCAACGUGGCACCGUCAUAGGAUGCCACCUUUCCAACAAGUCAGUUUGUCAAAUUUCUGCCCAGCUAGAGCUGCCCCGGUCAACUGUAAGUGCUGUUAUUGUGAAGUGGAAACGUCUAGGAGCAACAACGGCUGAGCCGCAAAGUGGUAGGCCACACAAGCUCACAGAACGGGACCGCCUAGUACUGAAGCGCGUAGCACGUAAAUUGUGUCUGUCCUCGGUCGCAACACUCUCAACUAAGUUCCAAACUGCCUCUGGAAGCAACAUCAGUACAAUGUUUGUCGGGAGCUUCAUGAAAUGGGUUUCAAUGGCCGAGUAGCCGCACACAAGCCUAAGAUCACUAUGCGCAAUGCCAAGUGUUCCAACAUCUAGUGGAAAGCCUUCCCAGAAGAUUGGAGGCUGUUAUAGCAGCAAAGGGGGGACCAACUCCAUAUUAAUGCCCAUGAUUUUGGAAUGAGAUGUUCGACGAGCAGGUGUCCACAUACUUUUGGUAAUGUAGUGUAUAUAACGAUCCCCAGAUGGUGCUGCAAAGUAUUGGUAAAGUAGUAUGGGUUGCAACUCCGUCACUCGGUCGAGUCAUUGCUAUUGUUAUCAACGUUCCACAGACGCAGGCCCGCAGUCACAUUGGUGUCCCAAAGUAGAACGGGGGCUAAUGACUUUGAACGGGAGCUGAAGACUGUUUCGCCCAGUGUUGUAGUCGAGUCACGUUGCAGAUAGAAAUUCCAUGAAUAGAGCCGACGUUAUUCCUUAUUCAACAUGUCAAAGAGGCAUGUUUGUUCCACAUAGCAUAUUUCUAUCUGAACGUUCCAAAACGUUGCGUACUGCUGAACAUGUUCCAAAACGUUGCGUCCUGCUGAACAUGCCCCAGGUUGUUAGCUAUAGUUAGCUAAUGAGGUAACAUGACUGAACAAGGUGUAGCCUAAACAAAUGGGUAACGGUCCGGUCUGCAAGUAGCCUAGUUUUAGAAUAGCCGGUGAUAUGCUUUAUGAAUGUAAAAUGCGUCCCGCCAAUACACGAUAGAAAGAAGGAAUAAACGUAGCGCCUAUAUUAUGGGUUAUAUCUUUAGAACGGUAAGGGUUACAAUCAAGCCUUCUCAUUUAGUUUUGAGUCAGUACCACAUAAACAUUUUAAGUAAUAAUGACUUUUCAUUGACUUUGAGUUCAACUUACAAGAAGUAUUUGAACAAAAAAUGUCUUGGGGUUUAUAGUGUACAGUAAUGUUUAUGUGUGUCUUGUACAGUAAUGUGUGCGUGUGUGUGUGUAUGUGUGCAUGAGUGUGUGUGAGUGCAUGCAAGUCUUAUACAGUAAUGUGUGUGUGUGUUAUAUUCCAGAUAACCCCAGGAUGAUCGGGAGUGUGUCUGUAGUCCGUGAAGAUUCUGGAUGUGAAUGAUAACCCUCCAUCGCUGACACAGUACUUUGAAGCCUUUGUCUGUGAGCGCGCCAAUGCUGGACAGGUACAGAGGCACACACACACUUUCAUAGACACACACACACACACACACACACACAUAAAUACACAUGUAAGACCUGGACAGAGGCAGACCAGUAACCAGUAUUUGCAGACCUGUAAUCUUAUCAUAUGAAGAAUUACUCAAAUUGAUGACAUACUGCAGCAAAAUAUGUGCAUACGCAUCAAUAUUAAUUAAUAGAUGCAUAAUUUGCAUUUCUGUGCUAUGUCAGUUUCACUCACAACCUGUCUCAAGGUUACUGACCUGACUGUAUCUCUCUCCCCUCCCCUGGCUGUUGUCUGGUUGUCCGGUGACCUCAGCUGAUUCAGACAGUGACGGCAGUAGACCCAGAUGAUCCUCUGGGAGGUCAUCACUUCUACUACAGCCUGGCCCCAGAGGCAGCAAACAACCCCAACUUCACCCUUAGAGACAACCAAGGUAAAUAAAUACUUUUUUAUACAGCAGUAAAAUCCACAUGACUUCCUGGACACUGAUUUUUGCACCACAUAUCACCUUUUUUUCUGGGUAUUAUUUUUCAUCAACUGCUAAGCCAAUUCAGCACUAUUUGUCUAACUCAGUCAUUUGCGGUUAUAAUUACAGUUACCUUGUUGUAUGUGAGGCAGAUCUCUCUGUUUUAUAUAACAGGGGGUUCUCAAAGUGGGGUCCGCAGACUAUAGCUUUAAGCUUAAAACUGCUAAGUUUUCUCUCUGCCCAAUGGCAAAAUAUGUAGAAUUGCAGGAUAUUAGCUUAAAAGCUGCAAUACAAAAAAUCUCUCUGCCCCAUGACAAAAUGUGUAGAAUUGCAGGAAAUUUGCUUGAAAACUGCAAAAUGUUCUCUCCGAUGCCAAGAGCUGGGCCUUUAAAAUGUUCCUUCCCAGGGCCUGAGACUUGCACUGCAAAGACAGUAAAACUCCUUGUAUACUAUGUUUAUCUCACUCAAGUUAUAAGGGGGUCGCUGAUUAAUAUGAUUUCACAAAAGGGAUCCCCGGCCCCAAACAGUUUGAGAAACAGCCCUUGACUUUUCCCACAAUUUGUUCUGUUUAAAAUGGAUUAAAUUGAUAUUUCUUUGUCAGUGGCCUACACACAAUACCCCAUAAUGUCAAAGUGGAAUUAUGUUUUUUUUUAAUGAAAAGCUGAAAUGUCUUGAGUCAAUAGGUAUUCAACCCCUUUGUUAUGGCAAGCCUAAAUAAAUUCAGGAGUAAAAAUGUGCUUAACAAGUCACAUAAUAAGUUUAAUGGACUCACUCUGUGUGCAAUAAUAGUGUUUAUCAUGAUUUUUGAAUGACUACCUCACCUCUGUACCCCACACAUACAAUUAUCUAUAAGGUCCCUGAGUCGUGCAGUGAAUUUCAAACACAGAUUCAACCACAAAGACCAGGGAGGUUUUCCAAUGCCUCGCAAAGAAGGGCACCUAUUGGUAGAUGGGUACAAAAUAUAUAUUUUUGACAUUGAAUAUCACUUUGAGCAUUGUGAAGUUAUUCAUUGCACUUUUGAUGGUGUAUCAAUACACUCAGUCACUACAAAGAUACAGACAUCCUUCCUAACUCAGUUGCCGGAGAGGAAGGAAACCGCUCAGGGAUUUCACCAUGAGGCCAAUUAAAACAGUUACAGAGUUGAAUGGCUGUGAUAGGAGAAAACUGAGGAUGGCUCAACAACAUUGUAGUUACUCCACAAUACUAGUCUAAUUGACUGAGUGAAAAAGAAGGAAGCCUAUACAGAAUAAAAACAUUCCAAAACAUGCAUCCUGUUUUCAACAAGGCACUAAAGUAAUACUGCAAAAAAUGUGGCAAAGCAAUUAACUUUUAGUCCUGAAUACAAAGUGUUGUUUUGGGGCAGAUCCAAUACAACACAUUACUGAGUACCACUCUCCAUAUUUUCAAGCAUAGUGGUGGCUGCAUCAUGUUAUGGGUAUGCUUGUAAUCUUUAAGGACUGGGUAUUGUUUCAGAAUAAAAAAAAUAACCAAGUACAGUCAACAUCCUAGAGGAAAACCUGGUUCAGUCUGCUUUCCACCAGACACUGGGAGAUAAAUUCACCUUUCAGUAGAACAAUAACCUAAAACACAAUACCAAAUCUACACUGGAGUUGCACACCAAGAAGACAGUGAAUGUUCCUGAGUUACCGAGUUACAGUUUUGACUUAAAUCUACUAGGAAAAUCUAUGUCAAGAUCUGAAAAUGGUUGUCUAGCAAUGAUAAACAACAAAUUUGGCAGAGCUUGAGGACUUUUGAAAAUAAAAAUUGGCCAAUAUUGCACAAACCAGGUGUAGAAAGCUCUUAGAGACUUACCCAGAAAGACUAACAGGUAUAAUCGCUGCCAAAGUUGCUUCUAAAAAGUAUUGACUCUGGGGUGUGAAUACUUAUGUAAAUCAGAUAUUUCUGUAUUUCAUUUUCAAUAAAUGUAUAACAAUUUCUAAAAACAUGUUUUCACUUCGUCAUUAUGGGGUAUUUAAUCAUUUUUGAAUUCAGGCUGUAACACAACAAAAUGUGAAAUAAGUCAAGGGGUAUGAAUACUUUCUGAAGGCACUGUAUAAGACACCUAACCAGGCCCCUCUCUCUCUAUCCUGUUGCAGACAACACCUGGAUAUUAAUAAUAAUUUAUCAUAUGAUAUACUUUGUCUAACCAGGCUUUUCUCUCUCUCUGUCCCUGAUGUAGACAACACAGCAUGGAUCCUGACGCGUCGUGGGGGCUGGUCUCAGCAGGAUCAGUCAGUCUACUACCUUCCUAUCUUCAUCUCAGAUGGAGAGCAGCCGGUCCAGACCAGCACCAGCACCCUGACCAUCCGUGUGUGUAGCUGUGAUGUGGACGGCAACGUUAUGUCCUGUAAUGCUGAGGCCUACCACCUCCCGGCUAGUCUGAGCAGAGGGGCGCUCAUCGCCAUACUGGCAUGUAUCUUCGUCCUGCUCGGUAGAUCAGGAUCUUCUUCUUGUUCUUCAUCUAUGGAAUUAUUUUCUCCACUGUUGAUCUGCUUUAUAUUUACUUCUUAAGCUACUGUAUAUUCCUAUUGUGUAUGUAUAUACAGAACAUCAAAUUCCAAUCUAGACAAACCCUAUUUUACCGUAUCUAUGCUUCUUCUUUUGAAUGUCUUAGUCCUGUAAACCAACUCACUAAAUUCACUAAAGCAACCAUUAAUAAACUCCCAUAUUUUGGGUUUCUGUUGUAUCUGACCAUGUCUCUUUUCUCUCCUCUAGUGAUGAUCCUGCUCAUGUUGUCCCUCCGGAGCCACCGUAAGAAGCCCUACCUGCACGAUGAGGAAGACAACAUCCACGAGAACAUUGUCCGCUACGAUGAUGAGGGGGGUGGAGAGGAGGACACCGAGGCCUUCGACAUCGCUGCCAUGUGGAACCCCCGCGAGGCCCACCUAGUGGGGAAGCAACGUCAGGACAUGCUGCCUGAGAUUGAGAGCCUGUCGCGCUACGUUCCCCUGGCAUCAGUGGGAGGGCCGGGUAGCGGUUGUGGUGAUGGAAACAGCAACGUUCAGGGGUAUGUGCUAUCUAAGCUUCUGGAGGCGGAUCUGAACCCCUGCGCCCCGCCUUACGACUCCCUGCAGACAUACGCCUACGAGGGGGAGGGAUCGGUGGCCGAGUCCCUGAGCUCGCUGCAGUCUGGGUGCUCCAGUACUGAUCAUGAGUACGACUAUCUCAAUGACUGGGGGCCCAGAUUUAAGAAACUGGCAGAGAUGUACGGGGCUCUAGAGACGAACAACCCUCCCAUGUGGUAGAGGGGAGGAAGGAACGAGAGACUCCCCCCUACAUACACACACCUUAGAGAAAGACAAUAAACAGAGACAAUGACAGAGAAAUAGAGAGUUUGAAAGGUAUGCUCGCCAUUACAUUUUAGUCAUUUAGCA